GUUAAUCACUUGAAUGCUGACUUCUCCUGGUGAUCUUUUGAAGAUCACGGUCAUGUCUUAGACUCUGGCCCAUGAUUUGGGACUUAGUUUCCACUUCAACAGCAGAACAAAUGAUUCAGAGGACGGAAAACACAGACAAAACCACCAUUUAACAGCUGAAUCAAUCAGCAAAAAUGGGAAACCAACAACCAAAGGAAAGUCACAUGGGCAACAGCCUAAGAUGUUGCAAAUGCAAUAAAGUCCUGCCCCCAUGCUAUUCCUUCGAUAAUCUCUAUAAAAAUACCAUUCAUGGGCGGUACGUAUAUGUGUUCAAUGGAGGUGAAUACUUCAGACCAGUGGGCUAUGAUGACGCGUAUGAGUGUGAAUAUUGCUUUAAUAAGCCAAUCAGAGAUCAAGAGGAAAUGAGGAGAGAGGAAGAACGAAGGAGGAGGGAAGAGGAGAGGAGGAGAGAAGAGGAGAGGAGGAGAGAAGAGGAAAGGAGGAGAGAAGAGGAAAGGAGGAGAGAAGAGGAGAGGAGGACAGAAGAGGAAAGGAGGAGAGAAGAGGAAAGGAGGAGAGAAGAGGAGAGGAGGCAACAAGAACAGAUGAAUCAAAGCCUACAAGAAUCACAAAAACAAGCAAAAGAGCAGCAUGAAAAACAACAGAACAGCGAUAUUGCAGAAGAACAUCAGUCCAAGACAGAUGUUCAUGUUGGGUAUAUGGAUGAGUUUGACACAGAUGAUAAGUCAGGCACUGAUGAGUUACUAGAAAUCCUCUCUGUGAAAUGCAGCAUCCCAGUUUCAAACCUCAGCCUCAGUGAGCUGACAUCAGAUCAGCUGGGAAAGAUCCUUUCAGUCCUGGACAAACUUCUGUUUGAUGAAUGGCUUCAUGAUUCCCCAUCCCUCAGCACUCUGCAGCACACUCAGGUGUUAAUCACAGAGCUGUGUGCUCUGUCUCUGGAAAUAUCAGAGGGAGUUUCACAACAAACCAUCUCCAAUCAUGUUCAGUCUCUGGUGGAGUCCAUUAGCCAAUCAGCAUGUGAUGUUUCUGAGAGUUUCCUGUUGACUCAGGCCCUGUAUCUCAACCUGAUGCACUUUUUGAGUGACAGUGGUACUGUGAGUGAAAAAGACACUGACACUGAGGCAGUCCUCAUAGCCAAACAAUGGGCUGAAGAUGAGCUUUCCCCUGACAAACUCUUUCUGAUGCAAUUCCUGAGUAAUCUCACAUCAUCCCUGCAGACUGCAGUUGAAGGAACCUCUGCAUUCAUUUUACAGAUGGAGAUCCAGUGCCUGAAGCUUCUCUUAUCCACACUCACACAUCUGAAUGACAAGGAAACCCACUCACAAUGCAGUGAGAUGCUCCUCAAACUCGUGCGAAAAAACCAGUGGACCCCAAAAGAGGCAAUGACUCUGCUCAAAGAUCUGUCACAAAACUAUACAGAAGAUGCUUCAAUAGCUGAAAUCCUUAAGUUGGUACAAGUGUACGACAUAUCACCAGAGUGGACGGAUGAGUCCGGACACUCACUCAUCCAAGUUCUUGAUGUUGUUGGCCCUGUGACAUUCUACCAGAAAUUCCAAGAGACUCUCAGAACAGAAGACGAGAAGAAUCUAGUUGUAGCUCUAGCAGAGAUAAAAAUGCUAUGGAACUUGGAUGAUGCUUUGAUUGAUAUGAUAAAAAUCAUUACCACUGGCGUCCUGCGAUACUCAGAAACUGUACCAAAAGCUGCACCAUUCAGAAAAGAUUCCUUUGAAUGUGUAACCCUCAAUGCAGACGACAUACAGAACUCUCUGUCACAUCUGUGCAAAGCAGUUUUUGACAUUAAAGGCUGGUGGCCCACAGUGAGGCAGAUGCUGCGGUGGUGUGCAUUAAUCCUGACUGAGAGGAGUGGACUGCUACAGCUGGUUGGUCUGGAAGAAGACCCAUGUGUCACAGCCAUGUUUGUAGCUGCACAAGUCUGCAUGGGAAACAAAGUGGACAUUGUAUUGAGCUCUGAUGUUCACUCAGAGGAACAAACUGAGGAUUGGUCUGACUUAUACAAGUACCUUCAAAUUUCUCUCAACACAAACAUGAUGAAAACUCAUGCAUCAUAUAAGGAUGUCUAUGAAGCAGACAUUGUGUAUGGUACCAUGGAUGACUUUGUGUCUGAUUACUUUCAACACGGCAUAGAAGUGAUGGAAACUGGGAACCCUCAUCUUAAUCGAGGAUUCAUCAUUGGAGAACAAAGUGUCCGCGCUUCCAAGAAUCUGGAGCUUUCAAGGCUCAAGGAAAAUGAUUCCCUGGUGUUUGCUGCAGAGGUCCUGCAAAACCUCAUGGCUAAAAUCCAAAGUGAAGACACGGAACUGAGACACAAGUUUAUCAAGGCUCUGUUUCAAGUGCUCCACAUGAUCCCAAACAAAGACCCAAACACUGAGAAUAAAAUCAUCAACAUCUCAGAAAAGAUUGCUGGAAAAGGACUGCCGUCUAAUGAGGCCUUCAUUAUGAACUUCCUUGAGAAUCUACUGAGAGUGUUAACAAGAGAAACAGGAGCUGAAAGAAGCACAAUAUCUCCUGCAGAGAAAUGGUGCUUGGAGAGGUUGUUUGCCUGUGCAGGGCAAUUCCAAGAGUCAAAAGGAAAGACCAUAGAAAUCUUCCACAUGGUUUCAGAAAUGGGAACACAAAGACUUUGGUCACCAGUAGAGGCCCUAAACCUCCUUGGAGCACUAAUCGACCACCAUCAUGAUGAAGACUGUGUCUCCAUCAUGAAAAUUUUACAUUUGUUGGCAACAUAUCAGGUUCCCUCCAAGUGGACAGAUGAGAACAACCAGUCUCUCCUCAAUCUCCUGGAUUCUUGGAAAACUGAUAAUCUGAUCCAGCAUUUAGAAAAGAGACUUCAAGAUGAGACAGUAAAAACCAUUGACACUCUCUUUGAUGAAAUACGUCAAAUGAAAGACAUUGAUGAACAAACACUGAGUAAAUCAUAUAGUGCAGUGACUCAUGUAACAAAUCUGAUCAAAACCGGUGAAAUUGCAAAGUACACAGAUAUACAACGAGCAAGAAAUCUCAGUCACAGCCUGAAAACAGAGGACCUGCAGGAGCUCCUGGCAGUCUUAUGCAAUGCUGUACACCUGCAGAUGGCUGAAGGGAAAUGGUUUCCUCGAACCACUCAGAUGAUAAGUUGGUGUCUCUUGGCCUUGUCAGAAACUGGGAAGCUCCUGGAGAUGGGCACUGGAGAAGGGAAGUCUUGUGUCAUAGCAAUGUUUGCAGUUCUGCGUGUGCUCAAGGGUGAAAAAGUAGAUGUGGUGUCCAGCUCUUCUGUGUUAUGUCAGAGAGAUGCAGAAGAAUGGGCUCAAUUCUACAAGUACUUUGGCAUUACAGUUGACACAAACACAAAUAAAACCAACGACGAAGAUCGAAAAGAAUGCUAUCAGAAGGAUGUGGUCUACGGAACUAUCGAAGCCUUCGCUGCAGAUCAUCUUCGUCAGAUUUUUGAGAUGAAAGAUGUGAGGCCUGAUCGCAGUUUUCAGUGCAUCAUAAUUGAUGAAGUGGACUCAUUGCUGCUGGAUAACGGAGUGCAACUAACCUACCUGUCCAGCCCCAUGGUCUCCCUGCAGCAUCUGAACAUUAUUCUGGCCAUGAUCUGGGGACACGUCAGUCAGUAUGGCUUCCUGUCUGCUGGACACCAGACAUUUGUACAGGGUCCUCCUGCUUCAUUCUACAAGGCCAUCUUUGACUCAAUAGACACAGAAGAAACUGAAAUCAAUGAUCCAAUGGACAUUUUACAUAUCGCUGAAGAAUCCAACACUGUGCCAGAAGGAUUCACAGAGGACAUCUGCAAAAGUCAAAAGGAUGAAAUUCUUCAGAAGCUGAAAACAGUGAGUCUGGAUGCUGUGAUCAAUUUUUUCAGUGAAAUUGAGCACUAUGUCCCCUAUGGUUUCAGUGUGUACACUUUAGAUGACAAGGGAUCGCUCUGUCUCAGAAAGUCUAGUCCCUACAACAAUCCAGAUAUUCCAGACCUUAAAUUUCUUGUCUUGGAGGGAGGCUUGUGUUGUCCUCUCUAUGAUUCAGAAGAAACUCUCAUCAAGCCCAUUGCAGAACUCAUCUCAGAGAAGAUUCAGUACACCCCAUGCACAAACAAUAAAGACAAAAUCAGCAUUCCUGGAUUCUUGAAGAGUCUGAUCGAGAGCAAAGUGUCCGUGUGGGUUGAAAAUGCUUUUUUGGCAAAGCAACUGAGACAGGGACGGGAAUAUGUCAUAGAAAACGACAGUGUUUGUCCUGUGGAUUUCAGAUCCACUGGUAUUAUACAGCUAAAUAAGAAAUGGGGUGAUGGUUUGCAGCAGUUCAUUGAGAUGAAAAAUCAAAUAAAACUGAGCACAAUAUCUACAGUGACAAACUACAUUUCUAACAUCUCAUUUUUCGAAAAGUACAAUGGGAAAAUAUAUGGAACAACUGGGACACUUGGGAGCAACACAGACAUCCUGUUUUUACAGGAUCUAUAUCCAAAUCUCUCUGCCUGCAGAAUGCCAACAUUCAACAGGAGGAAGUUGUUCGAGGUCAAAGGAACUCUGAAGACCUCAGCUGAAGAGUGGAAAUCUGAAAUAAAACGUGUGGUCAUGGCUCAGAUAUCCCCAAAUUCAUACAGAGGUGGAAGAGCAGCCCUGGUGAUCUGUGAAACUAUCAACAACGCCAAAGAGAUCCACGAUGAGCUGAAAAGCAGCAUCCCAGGUGAGAUCAUUCUCUACUGUCGAAGUGACAAUGACAGUUUGAGCAAAAUAGAUAAGAAACUGCUUCCUGGUGACGUCAUUGUUGCCACAAAUCUGGCUGGGCGUGGCACAGACAUAAAAGUGUCCAAAGAGGUGAACAGUAAUGGAGGAUUAUUUGUGGUCCUGUCCUUCCUUUCUGAGAACACAAGAGUGGAACUCCAGGCUUUUGGUCGAACUGCACGUAAAGGUAAACCUGGAUCUGCUCAGAUAAUCAUGUCCACUGAACACCUGCAGCAGUCCUUCUCAACAGUGUCGACUCUGGAGGAAGCUAAGAGCACAAGGGAUAGACUCGCAGCAGAAAAGAUAAAUCACAUGAUGAAUGAUGUCUCUGAGAUGAAACUGCGGGAGGACCUGUUUACAGACUACUGCAAGACACUUCAAGAUAUUCACAAGAAUGCAGAUGGAGAUGACAGAAGAGCUGUUGUUGCCAUCAUGAAUGAGUUCUGGGGGAUAUGGCAGCAAACUAAAUCAGAAGACAUUGAACAGCUGAAGAGAGAUGAAUUGCAGAAGAGUUUGAAAGAUGACUUGUCAUUGGCAAAAAGUCAGUCUCAGACUCAGACUUCACCAUGUGCCAGUAUUUAUCAUUACAUUAAGUUUGGAAAUGUCGCAAUGAGUGAAAAAAAAUGGGAUGUCAGUGCCAGGCUCUUUGAAAAAGCCAUGAAACAAGAUGCUAGCUGGGCAGCCAUUGCCUUUUACAGUCAUGCAUACUGCACUGUAAAACAAAUGAGUGCAGAUUACCUCAGUGAGGCCAAAGAUGAUCUUACAAAGGCACUAGAGUCUCUGAAGUAUCUCAGUGAGGAAUCCAUGGUGUGUCUGCAGUUUGUGAAAAUGUCCACGGCAGACUCAGACAUCACUAACCCAACCAGCCUUGAAAAACAACUAACAACCAAGUGCAGCAUGUUGCGUUACUUGGACAAAAACAUUAGUGAAGCCAUCCAAGAGUUGGAUAAAAUCAAAGACAGAGGGAGGGAUGCAUUGGUCAAAAAGUCACCAAUUUUCUCCCUGGUGCCGAGUGCUGAUGAAGAUCUCCAAGUGGAAGCCUACAACCUCUACAGUCAAGGUCUGAAAUAUGUGUUUUCUGUGGAAGAAAAGCCUCGUUUCUCAUGGGAAGGUCUGCUUGUGUUCUUUCUUGGAAUUUUACAGAUCGUUGGAGGUGCAUUGCUCACUGCAUUUACAUUUGGCACAUUAGCUCAAGUCGGCAUGGGACUCAUCACUGAAGGAAUAUCAGACUGCAUCACUGGCAUUGAAGCAAUGGUGACCGGAGAAUUCAGCUGGAAAUCAUGGGCUAUUGAUAAAGCCAUUUCAAUUGGUGUAUCCCUCAUUGGGUUUGGAGUUGGAAAGCUGAUUGCAAAAGGCUUCAAAGCUUGCAAAAUGUUGAUUAAAGGAUUUGGGAAAAAGCUGAAGGCAAUGCCAAAGUUUUUCUCCCGUCAGGCUAAAGAUGGUUUAAGUGCUGUCGCAAAGACAAAUAUGAAGAAUGCAGUCAAACACACUGCUAAAAAAAUGGCAGAGGAAAUCAUUACCAAUGUUUUUGGAAAGGCAGAAAAGGAAAUACUGAAACAGAUACUAGAAAGUCUCAAAAAGGAGGUGAAAAAGGGAAUUGUUGAUGACGUGAAAUCCAACAUUGAAAAAGAGCCCUUGUCUACAUUGAUAGACUCCAUUGUCCUCUCACAUAUUACGGAUAAACAGCAACUUCAUGGUCUCCUGAAGGACAAGAACAGUAAAAGUAAACUGCUGGCUAUUUUCAAAUCUUUAAGCAGCACUGCAGCACAGACGCUCACUGCAGAACUCGACUGGCAGAACAAGCUUAACUCAUCCUUCUCCAAAGUGAUUGAUAAAGCCAAAGCAGAGGCCAAAGGAACGAUUCGUGGAAUUCUGACAGUCAUCCAAGUGGGCCAUAUACUGGUACUAGCAAUAGACACCAUCCAUGCAGCGGUCACUCUGUCCAGCAAGUUUUUCUCAAACCUUCAUGAUCAGCUGAAUAUAUUCAAGAAAGCAAAAGCUUCUUCAGAGAAAGUGAAGGUAAAUGAGCUGUCUGCAUCUGACAUAGAGAUGCUGAAAGAAUUCAAGCAGGACAUAGCUGACAUUAUCAGUACUUUAUUGGCUGAUGCUUUAGUAGAAGUGUUCCACCAGAAGUUCUCCAGUCACAUCGUUUCUCGUGCACAAGGCCAGGUAAAUGGCAUCAUUGGCCGUUAUGUAAGAACUGGCUUAAAGAGUGACAGAACCGAGGAAAAACUCAGAGCUGGACAGAAUAACAGAUACAUCUCAUACAUGCCAGGAAACUUGAAUUCUAAAGGUGAAGCAGGUCAACACUCACAAUCACAUGCUGAAAAGAUCAAGAACCCAAUGACUGAAGGCACCAUUCUUGAUAUCAGAGUCCUGGCAGAAGCCAGAGGCACAAAGGUUGUCAUUCUCACAGAAGAUAGCCAUGGUAGACUUACCAAAAUGCAGGAGUUAAGUCCAAGCACUAAACCCACCAGUCAAACUGUGACACUCAUCUACAGACCAAAGAGUGCCCAAUACCCUGACGGCCAUUAUGAUGUGCAAGUCAAUAAUCAGAUAGUGAACAUAGUCAGCAAAGACAACAACUGCCUGUUUCAUGCUUUGGCACGAGGCAUGAAACCACAGGCCAGUGAAGAAGAGAUCGCUUUGGAAGCAGACCGCCUCCGAUCUGUGGAAGCCGACACUCUCCUCAGACAACCAGGCCAAUGGGACUCCAUCAUCAAGCGCAAAGAGUGGACUGACAAAAUCAGAGGAGGAGAAUGGUAUUUGGCAGAAGGAGGUGCACCACCGAUAAAAGAAACCAAAAAGGUUCUUAAAAAAGAGGUCGGAAAAAUAGAAAUUUACAAGAAAUGGCAACAAUAUGCAAGGCAAAAUACGGGAAUUGGACGGUUCAUCAAUGCAGAUCACCAGCCACCAGUCAACAGUAUACUGGAAGCUCAAACAAUGAACCAGAAUAGCAAAUUAGCACAAGCCAUGCUUGAAGUUGCAACAAAGUCAUCUCCUCUGAAGCCCAAUCUGAUUCCUGAUGUUCAUAAACAUCAUGGCCGUGAGCUUCCAACUGUUUAUGUGCCUCAAGAAACACAUAGAGAGUUUCCCAGUACAAAAUCAAAAGCCUUCAGACAGUGCUUAGCUACCACCAUAAGCAGUGAUGAUGUUGUGGGCACCUUCAAGCUGACGAUCCUUGGUUCAAUGGUGAGAUUCAAGCUGAAUAACACCAAGAACUUCAAGGACUUUCAGAACACAAAGAAGAGUCAAACCAGACUUGCCAUUCUUGAGAGCAGUUUUCAGCAACACAGCAUCAAUCUGGUACAACAAUGGUUCAACAUGCUUCAAGGCAAGAAUGUCAUGUCAAAUAAUGAUCUUACCACCGUUACCACAUGGAUCAACAACAAGGACUACAAUAAUAACAACGAUCCACACAGGAACCAAGUCUCCAACCUUCUGUAAUAAAAAGAUCCUCUGAUCCUCUCCAGGACCUUCUGUCAUGUCACCUUCCCCAACUCAACAAGGACAGACAAGAAGAAGAGAGAUGGAGGCACUAAAUGGAUGGAAACAAACUUCAAACAUCCAAGAGGCUUAACUUCAAUCCUUCCAGUGCUGUGGCUAUGUGGAUCACAGCUGAAGUUUUUCUUCCACUUUUUUUGCUUUAUAUAAUUUUGCACUUUUUCUUUUGAGGUAGCCCUGGUUGGAGGUAGACUAAAUUGUUUGGUAUUAAGUAGUGAGAGGGACUGUGGUUUACUGUUGGUAAAAUAUUUAUCUGCAGGAUGGUAUUAAAUUCUGUCUUUGCUCUUUGGGGCGAUGGGAGCUGGCUUUAGCUAUUGUGAUAAGUUUUGGCAACUCAGUAGUUUACUCUGUUUGUUUUUAAUCUGCAAUUCAACAGUGACUGCUUCUGUGUAUUAACUUUGUGUUUUAGUUCAGUUUUGCUCUUAUCUAAUCAUGAUUGAGUUGAGAUCAUUAAUUCAGAGGAAAAAAAAACAAGUACAAAGAUGUAAUAGAACAUAGACUUCAAAUCUGUGUAUGUUUUUAUGCAAAUGUCAAUAUCUGAAUUCACAAUUUCUUCAGCACAUCUAAUGAGAGUCUCCGAAAAAUAAUGAUAAAUCAUCAUGUGCUCUCAUUUAAUUAGUUUGUUAAAAGUGUGUUUCAGUUAUGUCCAUUCAUUGCUGAACACGUAUAUCUGUAUUCAUGAUGGAAAUGUUUAAGAAAUAUUUUUAAAACAGUCAUGAAAUCUAUGAAGACUUUAAUCGUUGAACGUAACACAGCUGAACAAAUGUAAAUUUCUAUGGCACCAAGUUUGACAUUUUAGUUGAAGUGGAAGAACCAACAGUUUUUAAUCUCAAAAUCGUUCAAGAAUAUUGAUAACUGAGAAAUGAAGACGGUGUAAGAGGUCAAAUGAUAUACUGUUCAGUUAGAAAAUAGAAACAUCUUUUCCUCUAAAAUGCUUUUUGAGUGUAAUUAUUCUAUUUGUGCACAUUUUCCUAGAAUGUCACAUUCACCAUGAUUUGGUUUACUCUUUAUUUUGUCUUAUUUACUCUUAAUCACUUUUAUUGGUAAAAUUGCUAAUUUUAUGAGGAUAAAAAAACUUCAAGACCUAAUCUUUGAGUAUUCCUGUUAUUUGUUUGUGUUUUACUUCUUUUAAACAUUUAAUAUAAAGGGGUGUUACAUUAAGGGAGAUUUAAUCAUUGAGUUUUGUAAUUCUUUUGCAUUUUGAAAUUAAACUUUCAAAAUUCAAACGGUUAAAGAAAAUCCUUUAAUAUGAGACAAAGUAGUGUGAUUUAUUGAGAUGUACUUGAUUCAGAUAAAAUGUUUUUUAACUUUAAUAAGUUGUUUUGACACAGUAUUUUACUCCCUCUAAUCUAAACACCAGCAGCAGGAGGGUUUUGGGUCAGGGUCAUCUUUCUGUGUGAUUUCUCUCAUCUCUAGUUAUGUUUGAGUAAAUCUGAGACGAUAUGUCUGUGCACCCCAGGAGACUAACUGGAUGCUUAAAUUCAAUAUGUGAUUGUUUAUUAUCCAUCAUAUAUUCUUCAUGUGAUGCUUGAUCCUUUUCUGUCAUUUAAAUUCACUAUUGGGAAUGACAAGGAUUCGUUUCACUUGUGUCAUGACAUCUCUGAUUCUAUUUGUCAUGGACCUGCAAUAAAUGCUUCUGUGAAAGACA